AUCCUCGCCGGAUAUAAAAUUGCUCGUCACUGCCAAUGUGGGUUUCCUGUAAAUCGUGUCGUUGGUGUCCAAUAUGGGUUUCCUGCGAGUCGUGUCGGUGGUGUUCCUAACCAGUCUCACUGUCACCUUUGCCCAGAAAUUUCUUGAAAUACACUGCCAGCAUUGUCCUCCGCUGUGGACCCUCUACGAUAGUCACUGUUUCCGUUUCUUUGGGACUCCCAAGACCUUUGCAGAAGCUGACAAACACUGCCAGCAGUUCUUUACUCACGUCGGGCAAGGACACCUGGUGUCCAUCACCAAUGUAGCGGAAGAUAACCUGAUGUACAACAUGUGGCAGUCCACCUGUGGUACCGCCUUUGAUACCGUCUAUAUGGGCCUGACUGACAGGCAGGAAGAGGGGAAUUUCGUUUGGCUGGACGGCUCGGGUCUCUCCUACACUAACUGGAAGGACGGCGAACCAAAUAACACGAACAGAGACGAGAGCUGUGCAGGUUUGCUCUCUGGUCCAUCAAGCCAGUAUUGGGAGGUCGUCCCAUGCUCCAGAGAGUACGUGUUUAUCUGCAAGAUGCCCACCAUUCACUAUUAAAUUGGCCAGAGUGGAAACCACUGACAGACCAAAAGAAACAGACGUCUCACUCAACGAAUCUGACUCACCUUCACUUCCAAAACUAAGCCGCUAAUUGCUGUUGCGUGAGGAUAUCGUCUUCGCAAGGACGUUAUCGAUAACAGCCAUCAAAGUAUAAUAACUGUAAGGACAUCUUUAAGGAUAUCUUUAAGUGCAUCUGCAAUGCAUGUGAUUGCACUUUGGAUGUUUUAAAUAAUGCUGUACACAUAAUUGCAUUUCUUAUCCCGCUAGCCGAUUCGGUAUUCUUCGUAGAAAUGUUAAAACUGACUAUUUCUUUAUACGAGCGCAGGUCCCUAGUUUUUAGCGACAAUUAUAAUUAUUAUCUGUAGGAAAAAAGAACCGACAAACUCUAUGUUUUUGAAAGUAUUUCACCCAACAUGAAACAUUCCGUUUAGAAUUUGGUUUCUCCCAGUAUUAUACAGAGCACAUCCAUGUUCAUAAAGAACUAUGCCUGAAAGUCACGCAGGGCUCUUUAAUCACUUUGAACCGUUACGUCUUUUGAUUCAGUCGAGUAACACAGUUUUUGUAUUUGAUUGUAAAUGGAAGUAUUUGACAUUUUAGUGACGGAAGAAGAAGCGUUGGAAUUAAACGUUAAGGUAAAGUGCAAUGCAUAAAAAAAAUUAUAAGUAAACGAGCAUAUUAUGUAUGAUGAAGUCCGGUUGACUGUGUUCAAUAACAAAAGAUCAACGAUCUCUUAGCUUGUCAUUUAUUUCAUUAAACGUCAGUCAUCGUUUACAUCUCAGCAAAGCUUGUUACAAUCAAACCAACUCUGUUUUCACUUCAGUUUGUUUUCCGAUGUGUCUUUCGUUUUGCAUGACUGAACUGGUAUUUAUCAUCUCCCGAAUACUAAUUGUGCUGUUUUGGUUUCAUUAUUCGUAAAAAAUAGAAUGGUGACAACAAAGCAUACGCAAUUCAAAUAGAAUGAGAACAGGGUGGACAGGUAUCUCAGAUAUUUGGUAAGCACCUGCAUCGAGGGACUCCAUCAGUAUCUUCAAAAUUUGGACGUAUCAACUCUAACGCUAGGCUAACGACUGCAGUGCGCCUGCACUUAGUCAUUUUGUUUUGGAAUGAUGAGAUGAUAGAUUUCACAAUUAUUACUGUUUUUAGUAUGUGUUUUGUAAAUACUGACUGAGACAACAAUAGGUAUAAUGUGCGUAUAAACAAAGCACAAUGUAGGGCAGGCCUUGUUACCGCGUCUGAAAAGUAAUUAUAAACAAUUCUAUCGAAUUCCUAUAUAAACAUCACGUUUGACUGCUAAACUGUCUACGCAAAACGUGUUAAGUUUGCUAAAACAAGAGUCUAAAUUACCUGAGUACAUUUGAAAGUGAACAGAAAGAAGAAAUUUGAUAAACGGGCAGGUGGUCUGGGAUAAUAUUGCAGGCCUAAAACGUAUCAGAUGCCACACGCUCGCAGGGUCACUUGAGUCUCAACAUUGUGCGCGGAAUUUGCCGUCUAUCUUCAGCAUCAAAUACUUUAAUAUUGGUUCCAAGCUUGCAUGGACAUCUUUUAUACGAAACCAUGGUGACUGGUACCAACGACAUUAACUCAUUUUGAAAGAGAUUCCAGGAAGGUUUUAUUUAAAAUGCAGCAAAUAAAGAAGGUUAAUCAUUCGACCAAUGGCUGACUUUUUUUCAAGUGUAUGUAAAAAGUUCUGUUUCAUUCAACUGGUGAGUUUCCUGUCAGUUAGGCCUUCGGAAAAUAUUUAAUCAUCAGUGAAUGCUAAUAGUGUUAUUUACUUAAACUUAUUGAGGAAAACCUU